AUGUUGGUUGAAAAGUAUGUCGAUCUGAAGACCGUUUACACACCAACAGACAUACAAGCAGACAUGCUAAGGAUACAUGGUAUUUCAUUAACAUACAUGCAAGCAUGGAGAGGUAAAAAAAAAGCUUUCGAGACAUUAAGAGGUGACCCUGCCGAAUCAUAUGGAAAAAUUCCAACAUAUCUAUAUAUAUUGGAGAAGACAUAUCCAGGGACAAUUGUGAAUUAUAAAAAAACCGAUGAAAAUCAUUUUUUAUAUUCAUUUACAGCACUUGAUGCAAGUAUAAGAGGUUGGGAGUAUUGUCGACCAAUAGUAGUCGUGGAUGGUACACAUUUAAAAUCAACAUACGAAGGCACAAUGUUGAUAGCUAGCACAUUAGAUCCAGGAGGUCACAUCUUGCCGCUUGCAUACGGAAUAGUUGAUUCAGAAAAUGAUGAUUCAUGGUUAUGCUGUUUAUCCCAAAUUAGACAUUACGCAUGCAUAUACCAUCUAUGGACCAAUUUACUAAAGAAAACAUACAGAGAUACAGAAGAGGUUAGAUCAUCAUUCUUCAGUUUAGCAAAAGCUUACACUGUUCAAGAGUUUGAUGAAUUGAUGACAAGGAUGGAUCAAAUUAAUCCAAAAUACCGUGCUUAUCUACAAAAAUCAAAUUAUGAGAAAUGGUCACGCGCACAUUCACCAGCAAAAAGGACUUGGACACUAACAAGUAACAUUGCAGAGUCACUAAAUAACACUAUUCUUGUUGGAAGAAGGUUACCAGUGGUACCAUUGUUGGAAUUUGUUAGAAAAACAAUUGAAGCUUGGAAUGAGAAACACAACGAAGAAGGUAGAAAUACUACAACAACCUUGACAAGUAAAUACAAUGAAAUGUUGGAGGACAAUAGAAAUUUGUCUCAUCGUAUGCUUGUACGCGCAUCAACAAUACACCUUCAUACCAUUACAGAUGGUGCAAAGAGGUUUACAUUAUACAGUUGA